AUGUCAGUGCCACCUCAAGCCUUUGUCAACAAAAAUAAAAAACAUUUUCUAGGGAUCCCUGCACCUCUAGGUUAUGUAGCUGGGGUCGGUCGAGGUGCAACAGGUUUUACCACACGAUCGGAUAUUGGUCCAGCUCGAGACGCUAAUGAUGUUUCGGAUGAUCGCCAUGCUCCACCCGCUGCGAAACGUAAAAAAACAGACGAAGAAGAUGAUGAUGAAGAUUUAAAUGAUUCCAAUUAUGAUGAGUUUUCGGGAUACAGUGGCUCUUUGUUUUCCAAAGAUCCAUACGAUAAAGAUGAUGCUGAGGCUGAUGCUAUCUAUGAAUCAAUUGACAAAAGAAUGGAUGAAAAAAGAAAGGAAUACAGAGAGAAACGUCUUAAAGAAGAUUUAGAGAGAUACCGUCAAGAAAGGCCAAAAAUACAACAACAAUUUUCAGACCUAAAGAGAGAACUCAAAGUGGUGACAGAAGAGGAGUGGGCAGCAAUUCCAGAAGUGGGAGAUGCUCGAAAUAGAAAACAGCGGAAUCCUCGUGCUGAGAAAUUUACUCCACUACCUGAUAGUGUUCUCUCAAGAAAUCUUGGAGGAGAGUCUACGUCGUCUAUCGACCCAGCAUCUGGCCUUGCUUCAAUGAUGCCCGGUGUUAUGACUCCAGGAAUGCUAACGCCAUCAGGUGACUUGGACUUAAGAAAGAUUGGUCAAGCAAGGAACACUCUCAUGACAGUAAAACUAUCACAAGUCUCUGACUCUGUUACUGGACAAACGGUUGUCGACCCUAAAGGGUACCUGACAGACUUGCAGUCUAUGAUCCCAACAUAUGGUGGUGAUAUUAAUGAUAUUAAAAAGGCCCGCUUGUUGUUGAAAUCUGUCAGAGAAACUAAUCCGAAUCAUCCUCCCGCUUGGAUUGCCAGUGCCCGUUUGGAAGAAGUUACAGGUAAAGUGCAAUCCGCACGUAAUCUGAUCAUGAAGGGCUGUGAGGUGAAUCCCAGCAGUGAAGAACUGUGGCUUGAAGCGGCACGUCUGCAACCGCGCGAUACAGCCCGGGCUGUUAUUGCCCACGCAGCUAGAAAUUUGCCACACAGCGUAAGGAUUUGGGUGAAAGCUGCUGAUUUGGAGCAGGAGACAAAGGCAAAACGUCGUGUUUACCGCAAAGCUCUAGAGCACAUACCAAAUUCAGUGCGUCUCUGGAAAGCGGCCGUUGAACUAGAAAAUCCAGAGGAUGCGCGAAUUUUGUUAUCACGAGCAGUGGAAUGUUGUCCAACUAGUGUGGAGCUGUGGUUAGCUUUGGCCAGACUUGAAACUUAUGAAAACGCGCGAAAAGUGCUUAAUAAGGCUCGUGAAAAUAUUCCAACUGACAGACAGAUUUGGGUGACUGCUGCUAAGCUUGAGGAAGCCCAUGGUAACACUCAUAUGGUGGAAAAGAUCAUAGAUCGUGCAAUAACAUCCCUCAGUGCCAAUGGUGUGGAAAUCAACCGAGAGCAUUGGUUCAAAGAAGCUAUGGAGGCUGAAAAAUCUGGAGCGGUGCAUACUUGUCAGGCGAUCAUACGAGCAGUCAUCGGUCACGGCAUCGAACCAGAGGACCAGAAACACACGUGGAUGGAAGAUGCCGAAGCUUGCGCAAAUGAAGGUGCGUACGAAUGUGCACGCGCAGUAUACGGUUACGCACUAUCUGUGUUCCCUUCGAAGAAAUCAAUAUGGCUGCGUGCUGCAUACUUAGAGAAGCAGCACGGAACUCGUGCCAGUCUGGAGUCCUUGCUGCAGAGAGCUGUGGCACAUUGCCCCAAGUCCGAGGUUCUAUGGCUCAUGGGAGCCAAGUCUAAAUGGUUGGCUGGUGAUGUUCCAGCAGCGAGAGGUAUUUUAUCAUUGGCUUUCCAAGCAAAUCCAAACUCAGAGGAAAUUUGGUUGGCGGCUGUAAAAUUAGAGAGUGAGAAUAAAGAAUAUGACAGAGCAAGAAGAUUGUUGGCCAAGGCCCGUGCUUCAGCGCCCACACCUAGGGUGAUGAUAAAAUCAGCUAAAUUAGAAUGGGCUUUGAACAACUUAGACGAAGCGCUAAAACUGCUGGAAGAGGCGAUAAAGGUGUUUGGUGACUACGCGAAACUCCACAUGAUGAAGGGAGAGAUCGAGGAGCAACUGGGCAAGGACGACGACGCGCAUAACACUUAUACGCAAGGAUUGAAAAAAUGCGCUACCAGCGUUCCAAUGUGGAUACUACUAUCAAGGUUGGAAGAGAAAUUGAAACAUGUUACUAAAGCUAGGUCUGUGCUUGAAAAGGCACGCCUAAGGAAUCCUAAAAAUGCAGAGCUAUGGUUAGAGAGCGUAAGACUGGAAAGGAGAAACGGCAGUGCAGAAAUAGCAAAUGCCGUCAUGGCGAAAGCUUUACAGGAGUGUCCGAACGCGGGCCGCUUGUGGGCAGAGGCCAUAUUUAUGGAGUCACGGCCUCAGAGGAAAACUAAGAGCGUGGACGCCCUAAAGAAGUGCGAACACGACGCACAUGUGCUGCUCGCCGUGUCGCAGCUGUUCUGGACUGAGAGGAAACUGAACAAGUGCCGCGAAUGGUUCAACAGGACGGUAAAAAUUGACCCGGACCUUGGCGACGCGUGGGCAUUCUUCUAUAAGUUCGAACUACUCCACGGCAACGAACAACAACAGGAAGACGUGAAAAACCGGUGCAAGACCGCGGAACCCCACCAUGGGGAGUACUGGUGCCGUGUCUCCAAGGACAUCGCCAACUGGUGCUUCAGCACCGAACAAAUACUUCUGUUGGUCGCGAAGAAUCUGCCCGUGCCCACAUAA